UUUUUUUUUUUAUAUUAUUAUUCUUUUCUUCUUCUUUUACUACUAUUAAUUGAACCUUUUAAUACAUCUAUAUCAGUUUCUCGAUAUUUAAAAAUUCUAUAGCAAGACAUUUUAAAUAAUUCAAAUUCCUUUUUCCCUACGGUUUUAAAUUAAAUAAGGGAGCUUUUUGAACGACAAAAAAAUAAAAAAAAAUAAAAAAUAAGAAAAAAUAAAAUAAAAUAAAAAUAAUAAUAAAAGCCUUUAGAUAUAUAUAUACUUUGUUAUAAUCGACAGCUGGUGUCAGUAAAAAAAAAAAAUGAACAAUAGAAGAAAAUCAAUUGAUAAAUCACAAGUUGUUGAAAACCAAGCAGCAUCAACACAACAUUCAGAAGCACCCAUGGCUGUAUUACCUUUAAUUUCAAGCGCUAAAUUGGAUCAAGAACCAAAUCCAUUUGAACAAAGUUUCUCGGGUGCAGCAGUUAUAGAUGAUAAAGAAAAAUUAAAAUUACCUCCAGUUGCCUCUAUUACAAGUCCUUCUCAUUUAAAGAAUACGACAACAACGGCCUCUGCUGUUACUGCUGCUGCUGCUACUACUACUACUACUACAGAUAAUAUGAUAGGUGGUGGUAUUUUACCCAAAGAAGUAGCAAAUCAAUUUACAUGGGAUACACUUCGAACAGGCCCAUUAUCACCUUCAAUGCUUCAAGGUCCCGCUAACCCCAACGAAUACUAUUCUUCAGUGAUGAUGCCACCCAAUAAUACAAAUAAAUUAUAUAAUACAAAUAAUCGAACUCAUCUUAUGAAUCACACUUAUCCUAUUAAAAUGGAAGCAUCGUCUCAAGAAAUAUUUAUGCAUCAACAGCAACAAAUUUCAAGUCGAAAACGUUCUGCUACUUCUCAAACAGAUGAUGAAAAUCAUUCAAUAGAUAGUAAUGAAUCCUAUAAAAAAUUAAAUACCACAAGUCGACGUUCUUCUGCUAUGACUCAAGAUUCAAUAGAUGACGAUACAAAGUCCAUGACUACUAGAUCAAAGCGAAGAUCAAAAUCUGCAAGUAAAGAUGAUGAUGAUGAAAAACGAAAGAACUUUUUAGAAAGAAAUCGAAUUGCUGCAUUAAAAUGUCGUCAAAGAAAGAAGCAAUGGUUAAAUAAUCUUCAAGCUAAAGUUGAAUUCUUGACAAAUGAUAACGAACGUCUUCAAUUACAAUCAGAAUCAUUAAAAGAAGAAAUUGUAAAUUUAAAAACAUUAUUAUUAGCACAUAAAGAAUGUCCUAUUGCUCAAUCUAAUGGAUUUCAUCCUAAUUCAAUACAAAAGACGGCAACAAUGCCUUCCAUACUAUCAGCACAACAAAUGAUAAGACAACAACAAGGAAAUACAGCUAUACCAAAUACAAAUAGUAUGCUCUUUUCUUCAUCUUCUACAAGCUUUAUGGAUAACAAUUCUACAACGAGAUCUAAUUCUUCUAUUGUACCUAAUGCUCCUUAUCAUCGUUCGAGUAUUACUUUACCCAUUCAACAAGCUUCUGCAUCCACUUUAUCCAAUCAACCAGGUAUGGUAGCAGGUGCUUCAUCAGGUGUAUUAAGAUUUUAAAUUUCCUUCACUACACACACACGCAUACGCACACAUUCUCACUCUCACUCUCACUCUCACUCUCUUUUUUUUUUUUCUUUUUCCUCCCCUUCUUUAUAUAUAGUAUAUUAUAUUAUGUAGCAGUAGUAUCAAUAAUAUUAAAAAAAAAAUCCCAUGUAUUUAAAGUAUGAAUAUAGUAAA